CGUACACUGCAUGGUAUGCGAGAAAUCGUGAAAGGGUUGUCGUGGAUCCAUUGCUACAUCUUAAAUUAACUUGCAAUAACAACCGUCUAAGGAAAAUUCUAUCCAAUCCUUUACCCUCUUACCUCCGUUGGAACGCACAAUCGACGUGAUAAAUUGAAUAAAACCGAACAUCGAGAAAGCGAAAGUUUGAUGGACAAACUUCAUAAGAAAAUGUAAAAACGAGACUGCUUUCAACGGAGAGGGAAACAUUACUAGAGAAACCUGGAUAGUACUAUAAAAAAGCUUUCUAUUUAAGAACGAAUUUCAACAUUAGACAAGAGAAGAAGCGAAUUGAUAAAGCCAGAAAAACUCCGAAAGGGUCGAAUACUAGACAAAGAAAAAGAAAGAGAGAGAGAAAACGAAAUAGAAUGCAAGGACUGUGAAGCAGUAAUAAGUCCUGAGUGAACUGUUAUGUAUACAUAUUUUCAAGUUUUCUAACUCCAUUUUUCUUCAUACUAUAUUUUAAAAGGAGACGAACGGACCGACAGGCUGAAACCACCCUGGCAUGUGCACAAAUGCAACUCACGCACGCGCGCAUGAAAGAAAAAGAUAAUAGAGGGGGAGGAAAAGAAAGAUAGAACAAGUGAGGAAAAGGAAAUGUUAAAUGGCUGUCAGGGCAGAUCGAGGAUCACGACGACCAAGUCUCUGACCUCGACAAUACCGUUACAAAGAAGACACGAAGCUUUCUUUACAUGUUGGAGGUCAAUUUCUUAACUUUAUAUGUGUAGUGAUGCCUGCUAAAUAAGAAAUGUGUCACAGUUUUUUCACCUACUAGUAUUACAUCGUUGAUAAGAACGAGCGUGAAAGCAUCAUGUUUACGGGUACAAUAAAAGUGGAAAUAUGUGAGGCAUCCAGCUUACGUGCUACAGAUAAACAACGCAAAUUUUGGCAAGAAGAAUCACCUAUUCUUGACCCUUAUGUACAAUUAGACAUUGAUGAAAAGUAUCUUAAUCGAUCCUCAACUAAACCAAAAACAUUUGAUCCUGUGUGGAAUGAGUGUUUUACACAUGAAGUUCAUAAUGCUAUGCUAUUGGGGCUCACUGUCUUCCAUAAUGCAGCUUUACAACCAGAUGACUUUGUAGCUAAUUGCAGUAUACCAUUUGAAGAAUUGAUUCAACGAUAUGACGAUGAAACUACUGAUUUUUGGGUCGAUCUAGAGCCUCAAGGAAAAUUAAGAAUAAAAAUAGAAUUACAACGGAAUAAUCAAACACAACACUCAGGAUGUGGUAUAGGAGAUGGAGAAGGGGUUAGUAGCAAUGUGAAUAGGAGCAAAGAGCCCCGGCGUGAAUUCAAAGAACGUCAGCAAGGCUUCAAAGGUCGUCGAGGUGCUAUGAGACGGAGAGUUCAUCAAGUCAAUGGACACAAAUUCAUGGCCACCUUUUUAAGACAACCUACAUUUUGUUCACAUUGUCGAGAAUUCAUAUGGGGCUUGGGCAAGCAGGGCUAUCAGUGUCAAGUUUGUACCUGUGUAGUUCAUAAAAGGUGUCAUGAGCAAGUUGUUACAAAAUGUCCAGGAAUGCGAGACGAGUCGAAAGAAACAAUGUUACAAUCAAAUCAGUGUACGCAGGGCCCACGAUUCAAUAUAGAUCUCCCGCACCGUUUUGUGAUACACAAUUAUAAACGAUUUACAUUUUGUGACCACUGUGGUUCUCUUUUGUAUGGCUUAAUUCGACAGGGCUUCCAAUGUGAAGUCUGCGAUAUGAACGUCCACAAGCGAUGCCAGAAAAAUGUAGCAAACAAUUGUGGCAUCAACAUGAAAGCUAUGGCUGAAGUUCUCAGCACUAUAGGUAUUUCACCAGAUAAACAAAUAAAAGUGCCGCGAAUCAACUACAAAUCAUCAGUUCAAUCCGUCGUUUCAACGAGCUCAUCAAUCAAUGAAAUGUCAGGCCCGAAUCAAGAGCAGUCCUCGCCGCAAACUCAAAAGCAGCACAAAGAAUCAGUGGCUAUAACACCUAACGAUGAGAGAAUGACGAGCAGCGGACAAGAUGACCUACACAAAAUCAGCAUCGCAGACUUUCAUUUUAUUAAAGUGCUGGGUAAGGGUAGCUUUGGGAAAGUUAUGUUGGCCGAAAAGAAAGGGCAUCCGGAUGAAGUUUACGCAAUUAAAGUACUCAAGAAAGAUGUGAUCAUACAGGAUGAUGAUGUUGAUUGCACUAUGACCGAAAAGCGCAUUUUAGUUUUAGCCGCUAAGCAUCCAUUCCUUACAGCACUUCACAGCUGUUUUCAAACAAAGGAACGUUUAUUCUUUGUUAUGGAGUAUGUUAAUGGAGGUGACUUAAUGUUCCAAAUUCAGAAAGCUUGUAAAUUUGAAGAAGCUCGUGCGCGCUUCUAUGCCGCCGAAGUGACACUAGCGCUUCAAUUCCUUCACAAAUAUGGCGUCAUUUAUCGCGAUCUGAAGCUAGACAACAUCCUGCUUGACCAAGAAGGGCACUGUAAGCUAGCAGAUUUCGGCAUGUGCAAAGAAGGUAUUCUUGACGGGAUGAUGACGGCGACCUUUUGUGGUACGCCUGAUUACAUUGCUCCAGAGAUCCUCCAAGAACUUGAAUACGGCGCAAGCGUCGAUUGGUGGGCGCUAGGUGUCCUAAUGUAUGAGAUGAUGGUCGGACAGCCACCAUUCGAGGCUGACAACGAAGAUGACCUGUUUGAGUCAAUUCUGCGAGAUGAUGUACUGUAUCCGGUGUGGCUAAGCGACGAAGCUGUCUCCAUUUUAAAAGGGUUUAUGACUAAAAAUCCGACAAGGAGAUUAGGCUGCGUAAUUGCAAACGGAGUCGAAAACGCUAUCCGAAUGCACUCCUUUUUCCAAAACAUGGACUGGGAAGCACUUGAAAUGCGUAGAGUGAAACCUCCAUUUAAGCCAAAAAUCAAAAACAAAAAGGACGCUGUUAAUUUUGACGCCGAAUUCACAAAAGAGGAGCCAAUAUUAACUCCUAUAAAUGCAGACGUAGUUCCUUGUAUAAAUCAAGAUGAAUUCCGUGGAUUUUCCUUUAUUAACAGGGAUUUCAAUCCUACUAGAUUCAUCGCUUAAUAACGUAUACCGUUUGUUGAUUCGUUUAAUGACAAACACAAGAAAAGUAGCUCGGAAGAUUAACAGAAUAUUACAUAGCUUUAAACUUGAAAGAUGAUUUAUCGAGCUACUUGUCAUAACUUGAACGAAAUUCUUUUUGUGCAAACUACUCUUUCGCAUUAAAAUAUGGAUCGAAAGAAGAAUGUAAAAAGGUAAAAUAAAAGCGUUCCGUUCAAUGAUCUCUAGUCAAAAAUAAAAAAUAUAUAGUCAUUUCGCAAAAAUCAAGUCCAAAUCGUGAAGAUGGAAUUUUCAUCGGCAUUAUAUUUUUUUGCGUGCGAUCUCGAUAGGAUAACAAUUCCUUUUUCAUCGGUUUUAAGGAAUUUAUAAAAUAAUAUUAACGUUAUUCUUAAUAGUAAGUCUCACGUCGAUUCGUCGUGAGUAAAAUAAAGAAUAAGGAAAAAAAGCUAUCGGCUUCAAGUAAUGUGUCUGCAUCAUUAUACCUGUGCACUCCAGUACUUUACAGUUCAUCGAUGAGACGCGUGCAUCGAUUAUUUCUCACUCUACUUUUUAUCUACUUUUACAGAUUAGUACAUGGAUAUACGUCCAUGUAUCCUAUCAUAUGUUAGUUAUUUUGAAAAAGAGUAUAAGUGUUCGAAAUUUAAAUUUAUAUAUUUUAUUUAUUAUUUUAAGCGACGUUAAUAUAUAAAAUAAUUUUAUUAUAAGUAUUUCAUUGGAAUCAUUUAAAACCAACCAAAUAAUAACAUAAGUAGAAGGGCGAAAUAUGCC